UAUCAGAAACAUACAGGCUGGGGCGUCGCCGCCCGCAGCGCGACCGGACACUCAUUCUCAGCUUUUUUGGACGCGUCAAGUCCGUUUAGUCAAGCGCGUGGCGAACGUGCGAAGUCCACACAAAUAGAAAAGCUAGAGGCCAUAAACAUAUAGCAUCUGACUGCAACCUGUAACAUCCUUCACUUCGUCAAGGGAGCUCGCCUGCUUGCAAGGCGACGAGGCAAAGCUUUGCAAGAUGAAUUCAUAUAGAGAUUCCUUCUAGACCAGGGCUGCUCGGAGGGUACUAAGUUUGCAACUUUGUCGGCUGCUGAGCACCGCUCCUCGCGCGCCAACCAUGACACAGCUUUAUGACAUGCUUACGCCAGUGAAUACUGGUUGCGACGGCCAGCUUUGCCCCGAGUCCCUUCAAAGGGCCCUCUCUGAGCUUCAGCAGGAGAAGAAUCGACUGGCGGAGGCGGCAAAGGUGGAGCAGCAGAGGCUGCAUGAGGAGCUGGCUGCCGCGCGCGCUGCCAAGCAGGAGCUGGAGGGCCGCGUGAAUGAGCUGGCGAAGCAGCUGGCGGCGGCCGGCAGUGCGGAGGAUGACGUGUAUGACACGUGCCGCCUGCCCGUAGCGCCGCUCGACCUCUCCAGGCUUGCGCUUGAGCCGGAUAAGGCAGCUGCUUUGGAGGCCCGCCUGCAGGCGCAGCUGCAGGAGCAGCAACUGCGGCCGGGGCCUGGCGGCGGGGCGGCGGGGGGCGCGGGGGAGGUCCUGGAUGACACGGUGUAUCUGCCGGCGUCUCUGGACCGGCUGCAGGAGGGGCCGCGUGGCCUGCGCAGCGUCACUGUGGACAGCGUGCGAAGGGGCGCUGAGGCGGAGGGUCUGCGGGUGACGCUGUCGGUGUUGGACCGGGUGGGGGAGACCGACCCGCGGGCCACGUACGGCGCCUGGUACCGCCGCAUGUCGUACGUUUCACCCAUGUACUGCCAGCACAUUGACGCACCGGACGAGGCCGCCGCCAUCCGCACCAUGAACGUCACCCUGGCAAACAACGUGGUCGUACGCUCCGCCUACACCGGCUAUCUGAAGCUGCUGCUGGUGGGCGGCGAGCCCUCGCCCGCCGUCAUGCGGCCGCUGGUGUACCACAGCGACCGCCGCUCGGAGCUGGUCAUGCUGUGGAUGUUUCCGGUGUUGGUGUACGGCACUGUGUCGGAACUAGGCGGCGAGGACGUGGCGCCGGGAGACGACCGCAUGUGCCGAAGGAUUGGGCUCCUAGCCUUCACGGACCCGGCCACGUCAGCCGCCCGCCAGUUUGAGGGCAUGAUGCGUGACCACAUGGGUCUCAAGUACACGCCCAGCCCCAUCACCAUGGUGGACGAGGACGGGGUCAUAGUCACGCAGAACCCCAGCAGCGCCUGCAGCAUUGGCACGCACGGCUACGAGGCGCGGCUGGCCGGCAGCACCCGCUUCAACUACCUGACACAGCUGUUCGCCAGCGAGCCCGGCCUGGAGGCGGACAUGCGCCGCGUCACGGCGGCGGGCGGCACCUGGUCCCGCCGCCUGCGCAUCAGCGACAGUCCCAUCCUGCGCAAGUGGAUGGAGCUGGAGGAGGACGAGGAGCGCUGGCACGAGGUGCAGAUCUCCAAGCUGCGCGACCCGCUGCACCUGACCUCCUCCUUCAUCAUCGCCGAGACCGACGUGACCGCCACGGUGCUGGCCCAGCAUGAGGUGCUGCGGCUUCAACGCCACCAGCAGGCGCUGCUCAAACAGAUCCUGCCGCAGCAGGUCAUUGAUGUGAUGCUGUCAGAGGACCGCGACGAUGACGGCAGCGGCGGGGAGCAGGGCCCGCGGCGGGUCGCAAAAUCGAUGAGCCGCCGCCGCUUGGGCAGCGGCGUCCUCAGCCGCUCGCCCAUUGGCCUGGGCCGCAGCGCACGGCGGGGACGCAGCCUGGGCGCUGACAACGUGUCCCCGCGCGUGGUGGCCGCAGCCUCUGGUGCGGCCACCGUUGCGGCACUAGCUGUCGCGGCUGCUGCGGGCCUUGACGGAGGUGAUAUCGGGGCCAGCGGUGGCGGCGGCGCCGACAGCUGCGGCAUCAGCUCGACCUGCUCCACGCCGCGAGCCUCCACGCGCGCGGCCGACUCGCCGGUACCCGCGCCGCAGCUGGCGCGCGCUGGCGGCUCCGCCCUGCGGCGAAACGCCGCCGCCGCUUUCGCCGCCGCCGCUACCGCAGCGGCUGCUGCUGUCACUGCGAAUGCCACCAACACCACCAUCGCCACGGCCUCGGGCGCCUCUGUGAGCUCCAGCCGCGCCUCCUCCUGGCACCGCAGCUGCCCCUCCUCACGCCUGUCCGCCUCAAACCUGCGAACCGAGGUAGUGGCCGCGCUCAACGCAUCCACCGCAGCAGCAGCGGCCGCCUCAGCUGCCGGCAGCGCAGGCGCCGGAGCAGCACCAGACGCGGACUGCGACGGCGGCACUGACGACGGCGGCUGCGGCGGCGAUUGCUCGCCAGCGGCGGCGGGCGCGGACGCGGGGGCGGGGCAGGGGUCGGGGAGACACAUGUUUGGAUCCUGCGCCGACAGAACCAUGAUGAUUCUGAUGCCGGACGGUACGACGCAUACGUUGGAUCUGAUGGACGAAACGGACGGCAGCGAUUCCGCGAUCCAGCUGUCCCGGAGCGACGUCAUGUCAUUGGCCACGUGGCACGAGGACGUCACCAUCCUGUUCGCCGACAUCAAGGGCUUCACCACCAUGAGCCAGCAGCUGCACCCGGCACGUGUGAUGUUGUUCCUGGACACGCUGUACAACGCAUUUGACCUGCUGCUGGACGAGUGCGGCUGCUACAAGGUGGAAACCAUCGGCGACUGCUACAUGGUGGCGGGCGGGCUGUUCGCAACCCCGGAUCCAGAUGGAUCCGGCGAGAUGCAGCUGGGCGGUUACGAUCCGGAUCACGCGCUCAAGGUGCUGCGGUUUGCGAUCCAGAUGGCGGACAUUGCAUCGCGCCUGCGCACACCCUUUGGCGAGCCCGUGCAGAUGCGCAUUGGCAUCCACUCGGGCGCCUGCAUGAGCGGUGUGGUGGGCCGCCGCAUGCCGCGCUUCUGCCUGUUCGGCGACACCAUCAACACAGCCAGCCGCAUGGAGAGCACGGGCGCACCCGGCGCCAUCCACGUGUCGGAGGCCACCCAGCGGCUGCUGCCCACCAUCAAGUGGCAGCCCCGCGGCGAGGGCAUUGAGGUCAAGGGCAAGGGCCUCAUGCAGACGUACUGGUGGGGUGGCGACACGACCAACGUGUGCUUCAAGGCGCGAGACCGGGUCAUUGACAGCGUGGUCAACAGGGGCGGCCGCCGCAGCGCCACCGGGACAGGCAGCGGGGAGGCCGUGGAUGGCGGCGGUGGCGCUGGCGGCAGCGGCGCAGAAGCGCCGGCGUUGACGGCAUGCGCUGAGGGGCGAGAGGAGGGGCAGCAGGAGCCCGCGGAGCGGGCAAACGGCGGCAGGCUUGAGCCGUUGCCAGCGGCGAAGCAGGCGCAGCUUGAGAUGGCGGAGGCCUGUGACACAAUUUAAAGGAUGGCAAGGUAUUCAUAAAGGUUGGAGUUGUGUCUGGCAAGUGGGUGGGGCCUUGUGGCACGAGAGCUGGCAAAAGAUCCCUGCAAGUGGAGGGGCGGGCCGAAAGCGUUGCUACUACGCGGCAGUGAUUGCGUGUUGAGUUUUAUUAUGUUGGCUUGGACAAGUUGCGUGGCGUUGUGCCGCCGUUUCCUGCGGAGCAAGCUUGCCUCUGGUGUGUUCUGCUUUUGAACGGAAGGAUUGAAAACUGACCUGUCUGAUAUCAGCGUGCGCAAGGUUUGCUGUGAGAAGACGGGGUGCGUCCUGAUGUAUGACGAAUAGAGCCAAAACUAAAGCGGUGCUCCAAACACGUUGGGAAACCAGCAGCCGGGUGACAUGCACCCAUUUGCGCUGCCUCCCAUACUCGUACACCGUGUGUGCGUGUGGUGCUGUGGUGCCCCCUGGCGCCCUUCGGAAGUGGGCGGCGCGCCCCUAGUGUGCUUGUGUGUUUUGGGGGUGGGGGCGAUCCUGCAAGGGCGAAACAUGCGUGGGGCAUGCGAAGAAAUGAUGUUUCACUCAUGGUACUGCGCUCAGUGCUGUCAGCAAGCUUGCACACUUGAGACAUGUGCGCCAGGAAUAUCCUGCUGGCGUUUGGGUGUGGGACCUACCGUGCGACGAUGUGGAAUAGGCGCUCGCAGGGGUUUUCGUCACACAUGGCGUGAAUGCAUUUGGGUGUUGAGAUGGGUGCCGCCGAAACCCCCAGCUCCGAUUCGAUGUUGCUGGCUGCUGGCUGGAUGGGUGCUCGGGGAUCGAAUGGUUGGGCCAUAUUUAUUGGAGCGACGCGCGUACGGGUUGUGAGGGACGUGAUUGACGCUGGAAACAUGCGUCGCGUGGGCCAUCGCGACGGCGCGUGUCAUGUUCACGCCACCACGGGGGCUGCGAUCUUUUGCACGUGUUUAUCGGUUGUAGAACCAGCAGGUGCUAUCGAGGAUCACCUCGAUCCGUACAGUGAGUGUGUGUACUGACCAAAGGUGACCAAUGACCUUCUUGAAAUGCUGACCAAUGAGGCGGCUUCUUGACUGUUGGAAUGCGGCUGCUGUCCAGGGCUCCAUGAGGGGCUUGCAAGCACAGCUCCGAAUGGGCUGAGAGGCUUGCAAGCUGCGUGCUGCUCAGGGGCAAUUGCGGCAGUUCAUUGAAAUGCGGAGCUAUGA